AUAGUUUAGUUAAAGAAUAUGCUCGUCUUGGCCAGUAACGGCAACUAAAGUUUCUCACUACUUUUGCAGCAAAUAAAUUUACUCAGUUACUCGAACGAAGAAUUGAUAAAACUCACUCACAAAAGUAAUAUUAUAAUCUCUUAAGAAGAAAGCAUGGCGGUGAAAGACUUACCUUCAGAGAAGAACAGCUCUGUUAAAGAAGAAACGUUCACAAACACAAGAAGAAAUAUCAUUUUAGCUGUGGUCACAUGUGCUGGAUUUUUGGGGCCCUUAGCUGGUAAUAUCUACAUUCCAAUCCUUCCACUCAUGAGUGAAGCUUUCAAUGUGUCUACAUCAAUUAUCAAUGGUACUGUUUCUGUGUUCAUGGCCGUUUUUGCAUUCAGUCCACUUGUUUGGGCUGCAUUGGCUGACGUGGGAGGAAGAAAGUCAUUAUACAUGUUUUCCCUUCUUAUCUUCUUGGUUGCCAAUAUCCUCCUCACAUUCCUUCCUGCUCAUAUUGGUGCUUUAUAUACUUUGAGAGUGAUUCAAGCAAUUGGCUCAUCAAGUGUGUUAUCAGUAGGUGCAGGUACUGUGGCAGAUAUAACUCCACCAACGAUUAGAGGCAAGACAAUUGCAACGUUCAUGUUAGGACCUCAAUUAGGUCCGAUUAUUGGUCCUAUAUUGAGCUUAGCCACAACUAAUGGUCAAUGGAGGUGGUCUUUUGGUAUACUCAGUAUCUUUACAAUUGUGGUCUACAUUGCAAUUUUAUUUCUACUUCCAGAAACAUUGAGGUACUUAGUUGGAAGAGGUGAAUGUUAUGAAGGAAAACUGUACUUUGUCAAGCCUAAGCUAUAUGAGAAAAAAAGAACCGCUGAAGAUGCCAAAUACCCCAAACCCCCCAAGUUGAGUCCUUUAUUGUACUUUAAAUUAGCGAGGUAUUUGCCAGUCCUUAUUUCUUCUGUUGCAGGGGGGCUUUUAUUUGCCAGUUUCUAUGGAAUAAGUGUCACUUUCAGCCGCGUCUUGACCAACGAUUACCACUUUUCUAAUUUGCACGUGUGUCUUUCUUACUUAUGCCCAGGAAUAGCCUUGAUAAUAGGCUCAAUGAUUAGUGGGCGACUCUCAGACAAAUUAAGGAGAAAUAGAAUUGCAAAGGGUAUAAGUUUUAUUCCUGAAGAUCGGUUUCCGAUUCAACUCAUUGGCUUUUUGGUAGCUAUUGCAGGGUUCACUGGAUAUGGAUGGACUUGUGAAAAACACUCCCAUGUUGUUUCUAUUUUUGUGACAGUAUUCAUAUCAUGCUUCGGUACAACUUGGGUUCUCGUCACUAAUUUGACUUAUUUAACCGAAAGCGCAGAAGGAAUACCCGCAUCCAAUGUGGCUUUUGGAAACUUUAUGAGAAAUGCAGGUGCUGCAAUUUGCUCCGGUAUUAUUACUAAAUUAGUCGAAAGGAUGGGAUACGGAUGGUGUUUCACUGGGUUAGCUUUUGUGAACCUUGGUGGUGCAACAUUUAUGAUAUUGCUCUUUUCUAAAGGAAAACAUUGGAGAGAGAAAUAUGGUUAUUUGACUAAGUAGCAUCUUGCAGCAAAAUCUUCAUAGGCUUAAUUUAUGGUUUUAUCAUUUGAAUCUAACCAACCAUCCAGUAAUUUAGCUUAAUUAUUUGCUCAACGUCAAAUCAGAAGUCUAUUUUCCCAAAAUUAACUAAUAAAUAGCUCACCAAAUUGUGUAUAAAUUGAAGGCAUGCUGCACGUUAAAUACAAUAAAAA